AUGUCCUCAAAAAAAUUCAAAGGUUUAAAGUCGAAAUCAUCGAAAUCCUCUAAAAAUGCAAAAAUAAAUGUGAACAAAAGGGAGGUUAAAAUUUUACCCAUCGUCAACAAUGUCAACGAAGAGGAUGCUGAAAUUUCAGAAGAGGAUGUCGAAUUUUUCAAAGAGCACGCUCAGUACACGGAAUUUCUGAAUAAAAUCGAUCCGGUAGCUUUACACAAGCAAAGUAUCUUUAUAACUUCUCACGGGAAUAACGGGAAGGAUAUGAAUAAGGGAAAACCCGCAAAAAAUCCUAGACUCGUCAAAGAAAUAAAAAACUCUCCUUCAUCAAGCAGUGAAAGUGAGAGCGAAGGGGAAACGGAGGGUCCCGGUUCAGAAGAAAACGAAAAUCCAAAGGCGGACUCUGAUACUGAACAGGAAUAUGAAAAGACACCUCGCAUAAAUAGAACUUGGGCACACAAAGAACCGGUGAAACUUCCGAUCAAGUUACCGGAUGGAAAGCUCCAACAGCAGGAUCCUGUGGCGAGAUCGGAAAUUAAUACAGAAGAUGAAGUCGACGAAAGUUCAACAUCGGCUUCUGUUUUUGAGAGUGCAGUUGAGGUAAACGGACGUUCAGAAGAUGACGAGAAACCUUUGCCCGACCAAAGAAUACCGGACAAGUUGUAUGUCAUUCAAAAGAAAGAAGAAUUGGCAGAUAUUGCUCAAAAAAUUAUUGAGAAUCCCGAGAAAAAUAUUGGUGAACUCAAAGCUUUGCGAGAAAUUGCGACUGAUCAAAGACUUACGAUCAGGAGGCUUGCAUUGUUGGUUCAGCUAGCGGUAUACAAGGAUAUUAUACCUGGUUAUCGAAUUCGACAAUUGACGGACAAAGAAAAAACUGCGCAGGCAGUUGUGGACAAAGAUGAAAGGGAGAAGCUCCAUACGGAGACACUGAAGUUGGUUUUUAUUGCAUAUUUUCGAAUACUAAAACAUGCCAGUUCAUCGCCGCUAUUAUUACCUGUCCUGGAAGGAUUGGCAAAGUUAUUUGCACACCUCAUCAAUGUGGACUUUUUCAACGAUUUGUUAGAAUCACUAAAGAAGAUAAUGGGGAGCGCUCUCGACUUUGUUGAUGACGAUUAUUCUCGAAGGAUGGAUACCAGAAAGGGGGAAGCGCUCAACGUCGACCUAAAGGACUUUUACGCGCAAUUAUAUAAACUCUUGAUUCCACUCGCGCUAAAUGUGAACAUCGAAGAAAGAAAACAAAGUUUGGAAAGCGGAAGUGAGAGAGAAUGCAGCAAUGCACAUAGUAUGGCUACUGAGUACCAAUUAUUGAUGAAGGGAUUUGACUUCAUGUUUUUUAGGCGAAGGACGCAACAAUCCAAGUUAGACGCGUUACUCACCUCGGAUGAUAGGGUAUGUAGCGGCAUCUAUCGACCGGAAUUAGAUGAUCCCGAAUUGUGCAAUCCGUUUGCAACUAGCUUAUGGGAGUUGAGCUUACUUGAGACACAUUACGAUCCGAAGGUACGUGCUGCCGCGCGUGCUCUGUCAACGACUACAAAGGAGAAUGGAAUGUUUGUUAAACGAUGA